CGACCAUGAGGCGCGUGUGUAUAUUUUGGCUCCUGGUAACUUCUGAACUCAUUUUCCACUUUCCAUUAAAUUUGCUAGAGAGAGAGAGAAGCGUCAAAGCUGUUAAGUUCCUUGAAAUUUCAGGGAUUUGAAUUAUAAUAAAAAGGAGAUAGAAAUUAGUAGCCUGCUAGGGGAAGGCAAUGCCCAAGGGCUCCAGCAGCCCUGGCUGGUGUCGGGGACAAUGACCAGCCCGUUGGCACACCUGUCUCUGGAGAGAGCCCACUCCUUGGCUAUGGUGCUGGCAGAGAGGGUGGAAGGAUCCGAGGGCCCUGUGCAAUGAAAUAAGGCCUGAUAAACCAUUUUGUGAGCAGUAGGCCUGAAUGGGGAACUCCUUCAUUUAAGGCAGGAAAAAAGAAGUGAAAAUAUUCCUGUCAUGGUGCUCACCACAAGGGCUGGAGAUAAGGGACAGCCAGUGAAGCUGAUAGAAGGUAUCAGUUGGAGGUGCUGCUGGCGCUCAAGACAUGAUAUCGACUUUUACAGCCCCAAAAUGUUCACUAAACUGGGACGGCUGAGAUCCCUGCCUUGAAGUUUGUUAAAUAGUGUAGGCUGAAGGUCCCAUCUACAACUGUUGAAACAUGACCUGGGUGUAUGCAAUAAGUUAAAAAAGAGAUUCAAGAAAUUCAGUAUUAUUAUCUUUUUUUUUAAUCAGGGAGUAAAAUUUGCAUCUAGCAUUGUGGCUUAUAUUGCACUCACUGAGCCCUUCGCACAAAAUGUCUGAUUAUCGGAGGCUCUGUUGUGCUCUGGUUUAGCAGGGGUCCCCUAUCACACAGUCAAGUGCUUUUUCCUCCAGGAAGGUGAUAACCUAUUUCUCCUGGUUUCUGAGUCACCCUUUAGCAAGGUACCCGUUGAGCCCGGAUAUAUGAAUUCCAAGGGAAAAGCCGGGGAAAAUUCCAGUGACAUGAAAUGCCUUUGAAACAUAGCAAGUGUUUGUGGUAUCUUUAGAAAGUGGCCUUGGAGACUACUUAGGAAAGUUUAUUAUUUCUUUUAGAUCAAAGAUAAGUUUGUGUCAUGAUGUAUAUUACUCCUUGAAGAAGAAUUAUAAAUUACUUGGGUUGUAAAAAUCUGUCUUUAUGCCUUUUCCUUAUUUCAGACGUUUGAGAAUUAUUAGUGCUAUGACAUGUUUGUCAGGAAAUGUCUGUCAAAUAUGCCAGUCUGUGUGUGCAGAUCCUCAGCUGAAUUAUCUCUGUUCGCUUUCUGGCAGCCGGCAUCCCCAGAGAUAUGACCCAUAGGUGGGAUUUUCAAAGUUGCUGAGAAGAAGUAGGCCCUGAGGUCCCAUUGGGGUCUAGAUAGAGCUGAGCUGCUUCAUCUUUUCAGAUGUUUGCAGGAUUUAAAGAAAAAGAGUUUGGGUUUCUUAUAGUAUUCCAUUUCUAAAAGGUAAUUAAAACUGGACGAUGUAAGACUGAGAAGAAUAAGCAUUGGCUUUACUCUCAGUAAUUAUCUGUGAUCACAGCUUUAAAUAACUCUCUGGUCCUCCUCGCUGGAGGUGGACUGCUGAGACUCACGGCUCACCGCUGGGUACUGCUGCUGCUUUACUCUUGCUUUUGGUUUUGAUUAAUCUCAGUGGGAGGAGGUUCAAAUCCCCUUUAGCUUUAUAAACGGUCGGACUUCAGCCCUCAGACUAAUAAAAAGGCAGUGCUGCUUCGUGUUGGAGGCGUUCUUCAUCCCUGUUGUGAGCUCCUGCGUUGUCAGAGCGCUGGGGCUGAGCGAUGCUGGUCUGCGCAGCACGGCGCCUGCUCGCCUCCAGCCACUGCUGGGAGGGCUCUGGGCCGUGGAAAGCAGAGAUGCAAUCUUGCUCUGGAACCCACAGCGUCUGGCGAGCACGCACAGUUGGGGAGUGACGAAGACAUGGAAACUGCCAAUAGGUCAGGCAAACAUGAGUCACCAGAAAGCAGCCAAUUUUAGUCAAUUCCAGGAAUGUUCUCAACCACUCAAAAUUAGUUUAGAUCUGCUGUUUUGCAGUGUUCUGCUUUGUUUCUGAGCCUGGGGAUGAGUUUGCUAGCAGUUGCAGCAGUGUAUUUUGUUUGGAACGUGGGCAGGCCUUGCUUGCCCAUGGGUUUGUCUGAAUGCGAACCAGUGCCAUUUUUUGCAAUAUGAAGCCUGGCAUUAUCAGUUUAGUGCAAGUAAUACUUUAUGUCCAGAGUGCUAGCUGUUUAAGUGUAGCUUUAUUUAUCCUCCUGUAUGUUUUUGACAGCAUUGUAAGGGUUUAGCUCUUGCAGUGGUCAUUUUUCUCUUUAUAUAAACAGAUCUUCCUGUUCCAAACAAAUUAAUAUCUGCUAAUUUUUCUAUAUUCAUGUGCUUUGAUCCCAUGAAAGUCACUCAUUUAUUUUAAUCAAAACCUUCUGUCUUUAACAUUAGUAUUUUCCUGAUUACUUUCUACUUUUUUUUUUUUUUAUUCCAGCGAGUCUUACUUUUUCCAUUUAAAUAUUCAUUACCAUCAUCCUAGUUCUAAUGCUUUGAAAGAUAUAUCUGCGAAAUCUUAUGUUUUGGGGAGUUAGUCCUUCAGCUCUUCUUUUAAAGGGUCUAAAAGAGACUGUGCCCUUAGAGUAUAUUUGUUGUGUACUUGCAAGUGACUAUUUCCAACAAAUGAUUCUAGUAAAUACUUGACUUACAGGGUUUAUUAGUUUAAAAGCUAUGUGCUUGGUGCUCCCAGGUUGCACACAAUUGCUCACUCAGAAGCAGAGGCAUUUGACUGAUGGUCAAAUAAGAUUUAAUGCUGGUUUUGUAAGAGGAAAAAAAAAAAAUGUGCAAAAAACCCUAGAACCAAAUGUAGAAAGAGUGAUGUGGAAAAGGAAAGAAUGCAGAGUUGGAUACAGAUUAACAUCCUGUAGCCCUGAGCACCCACAUUAUGCUUGUUGGCCUCUUCAGCACAUGGGAUUCCUGCAGAAGGCAAGUUGUCCCACCACUGGUGUGGAUCCUUGCUUGGAAGUGCCUGCUCUUGCACUGGCUCCCCAGGGAAUCACAGGGCUCCGAGCCCAACGUGUCCCAACAACAGCUUGAAGUUCAAUGCAAUGAAUCCUCUCUCCUGGUGUAAGACACACUUCUGAGUCCCAGCAUGUUUGCAGGCCCCAUGCUGAGGCCAUGUACUCUAGCAGGGUUUGAGGAUCUUCUGGUUAUCAUUAGCUUCAUGGGGUGGGUGGAGGAUGUGGGUGGUGGAACCACGACAGCAUGUGCAGAGCACUGGAAGUGCAGCUACAGUCUGUACAACCCUUCUCUCCACCAAUCCAUGUCCCGAAGUACACACUGAUGCUCUGUGUUCAGCACUGAACUCCUUUCAACAUGUGUCUGGAAUCUCUGUGUCAGAGGUAUUGUUCUUUUAACUGUAAUAGUGCUGCUACUUGCUGCAGGAUGCUGUGAAAGCACGCUACACGUGUGCAGUUUAACUCAUUGGGGUCCUGGUUAUGAGAAUGGCCUUUGGGAUGUGCUGUGUGAUGAACUGCACACAAAUGAGAGGAGCCACGGCCAGCCAGCCAGGGAGGAUGGACAAUUUCUUACUACGGUUGUGAUACCAAAUGAAAAUUAAACAGUGCAGCUGGGGUAUUAAGAAGCUCAAAGAAGAAUUACUUGGGAAUAGUCUACAGAGCUAAACUAAUUUGCAGUAUGUAUUUGGCAAAUAGUUAGAAAUAACCACACUUGAGAAAAUGAGGUUGUUCAUACACAAUAUAUGGCCAGCCAAAGAGGUACAAUUUAUCAGAUAUAUUAUUCACUCUUAAUUGUUCAAUGAUCACUUUCCAAGAGGCAGAUACCACAGAGGUUUAUUAAUCAGCACAUCAGUGCUGUGACUGGCACCCAGUACAGCCUGUGGAAGACAAGUGGGAGAUGAUUAAAUACAUAAAUUCUAGGCUCCAGAGACUGUGAGACUGAUGCUGUUGGCUUGCAGUGCUUUUUCGUUGGCUGACUGAUGGUGAAACUCUUAGGAAGCUGAGCAAAGCUGAAACCUAGCCCAUUUCAGCAGCUGGGGACAAGCUCACAAGAUGGAGAUUGCAGCUGAGUCUGCAGGUACCUUCCAGGGGCAAACUCUGAAGCAGAUACCCCAGAUCUGAAGAAUGUCUGCUGAAGUUUUGGACCAGAGGUGUUUAACCUGUGACUUCACAGACUAAAAAGUCUGUGAACAGGAAGCCUCUUGUCAAGUUUAAGGUCACUAAAGAGAGAUAUGCAUCUCUUCAGAGACACUUGAAGGGAUAACUAUUAGAAAAGGUUGAAAAUCACUGUCUGCAGUUUUUAUUACUUGAAUUAUCAUUUUUGUUCUUGUCCUUUCAAGUAUUUCCUUAUUGCUUAGAGAAAAGAAACAAAGCUGUCUUUGAACUUGGGGUGUUACCUGUAAAAGGGAUAGAGAUAGAAUUACUCCUUAGCUGGCUGAAUGAGUAAAUGCUCUGAAGAUUGUUAAAUAAUGCCUCAAUAAUGUGAGGGUAGAAGAUCAAAAUCUAAAUCAGAGAGAUAUCCAAUACAGAUACAGUCUCCCUGAUGGUAAAAAGGAAAAAAGAAAAACAAACAAACAGAAAAAGACACCACACCUGCAUUUUACUUAUCUAGUUGAAUCACGAUAGAUGGGUCUGUCUCCUAGCCUGACCUGGGACUGCAGAAGUGUGUAUGUGGAGUUUAUGGAGUGGUGAGAGAUUUGUAAUUAAGAGUCCUCACCUAUACUUUUUACUUCCAAACUACUUGAAGAUUGAAAUAUCAAAACUAAAAAUGCUAUGGUCAGAUCUACCGAUUGUCAUUCCUGAUACUAAAAAGGAAGGUAUCCCCGGAACCCAGCUCUGCCUUACUUGCACAUGAUGAUUUCAUUCAGAAGUAGAACUAUUUUAAAAUGUUUAUUGCUCUUUUAGGAAAAUGUUUUUAGACCUGAGAAAUAUGUAUUUUCCCUAGCAGUCUUAGGAAGCGAAGAGAUAACCCAUUUGCCCUGGCUGUUACCAAAGUCUGAAAUUAAUCUUUAAACAAAUGGUUGGAAGAUAAGUCAGUGUUUUUCAGAGUUAGCCUGCGCAGAACAUGUCUUAAAAACAGUGUUUUCUCUCUGAUUUUAGUUUUUUUCGAUCAAACAGAUGGUAAAUCGUCAGGUGUGAUCAUGUUGUGGCAGAAUGUCUUGCAGUAGUCAUAGGCUUCAUAUGGAUUGUUUUGUAAGGGAAAGGAAAUGGUUAUGAUAUGCAUGAGUGCUGUAUGUACUCAUGAUGUUAGCAUUCCUUGACUGAAGGGGUUGAUUAUAAACUAGGAUACGGACGUGUUUAUUCCAAAGAACUAUUUAUUUGCUAGAACAUUAAUUAGGACAAACAAUCACUGACUGUCAUAAACAUUCACUGCAAAUAACCCGGGAAAAGGCUGUGUUGGAAGAUGGCCAAGGUGAUAGGAUUAGCCUCUAAAAUAUUAUGCUGGCAAUAACUACACCUUUUAUUUGCAACCUUGAGGGCUUCUGCACCUACUCAGGCAGUUUAACUCAGCUUUACGUGGGUGCAGCUACCCAGGAGGCUUUCAGUCCCUCAGCUGGCAAGGAAUCAGGUGCUGGUAACGUGAUUCAAAAUAGCUCCUCUUGGAGCAGACCAAGAAUCUUCAGCUUUGGAAAGACAAUGGUCAGCGCUUCGUCUCUCUGAUCUGUGCCAGUGACAGACCCUUGGCUCCAGCCUGAAGCAGAUGGGUCAGAGCUCCCCAGCUCUGCUCCUUCCCAGAGCUGUCUUUACACUGUCCAGGGAAACUGAAAAGUUAUUAAAUUAUCCCAGGAGCCAAGCAAUUCCCAGAACCACAAUUGCUUCCACACUCAUGCCUUUGUACAAAGUUUGACACAGUCCAGUGUUGGUUUUGGUUUUUGUUUUUUAUUUUUCAUGUUCAAUCCCUGAAUCAAAUGGAAAAGAUUAUGAAAAGUUUGAAGGAUUUCGAUAAUUGGAAAACAGUCUCCCUGAUGCUGAGCGAUUUGAAUUUCCUGGAGCAUUUUUGUAUAUUUUAUAUGAACGGGGUUUGGAAAACAGUCAAGUAGUACAUGAGUAUCAGAAUCCAAGACAUACUGAAACCAUUUUAAAAAAUCUGUAUUCUAUAAGCAUAGGGUUUAAAAGAAUGUGUAAAAUGGGAGUGGUUGUGAGAGACAUUUUAAGAAGUCUUUUUUUAAAAAAAAAAAAAAAAAACAACUGCAUGACUUGGCAGAGAGAAAAUAGUAAAAUAGUACAUCAGGAAACAUUGCAAAAUAAUAGGAUAACCCCAACAAAAAAGACAGUGCACUUGCAAAAUAACUUUAAAAGCUCUCAGUAGCGCAUUACCAAUAUUAAAUAAAUCUUGCAGUACUCCAGAGAGAGCUAUUAGAUGCACUAGAAAGAUUGCUGAAGUGGCUGUACUUGAGGAAGAAGCGCUCAGAAGUGUGGCCCCAUGAGCACAGGGUGGCUCACGCGGAGGGUGGCCGGUGCCUUUCACCAUGCCAGGGGCUGCGUGGAGACCUGGCAUCACCACCUCCCUGCAUGGCUCUGCUGCCAUGUUGUGGCUACAAGAACCAUAAUGUGGAGCAGUCAGGUAAUUAGUUGAUCUGCUUUUUCAGAGAGAUGGCUCCAAGACCACAGUGGGUGCAAGGCUGCAUCUGUAUCUCUUCAGCCCAGCCCAACACAAAUGGGGCACAGCUCAGGAGCUGAGCAGAUUUUAUAAGCAAAACCCAGCCUGCCAUUUCUUUGGAUCUCAUUAAUUCAUGUCAGGGUAUGGAGCCUGUGGCCUGUGGGCAAGCUAUGGGGACAGGGAACAUGCCCCAGCUGUCCCUCUCCUCAGGGAGUUUGGGAACAGGCGGUCAGUCACAGUCCUCUGACUUCCCUCCUUGCUAAAUGGUUUUGUGCAUGGAUGAGCAGGGAGGGGAGGACUGAUGCUGACUUCAGACAGGUGUGUAUGUUGCCACAGUGGGCUCAUCUUUCCCUCUUCCAGAAGUGCCGAUAUCCCAUGCAGGCUCACUGAGCUGCAAGUGCCCCAGUACAAGCCCUGCGUGUGCUGCGGGUGUGUGGUGGGUCCCUCCGAGUGACUGGGCGAGAGCUGAGGCAUUGAGCACUCUGUGGCACUGAAACACGUCUGCCUGCCCAAACACUGCCAAACAGUGUUUUAGGGGCUGUGGAGGGUGAUUCAGAGAAGGUAGGAGGACUAGUGUUGUGAGAGAGGUUUAGCUAAAGGAUUCUAGAGCUGAUCUGUGUCUUACAUUCUCUGCUCUUGAAACUGCCUUUUGUAACCUCUGGACAUGCCGCAGGAGCUCUCUUGGGUCAGUUGUGCUCAGCACCCUGAAAUACACUUUUUCCUUACCUUUACUGACUGACCACAUUUUUGCAUUUGGACAAAUAAAACUUGCUUUUGUUCAGCAUCUCAUUAUCUACGCCAGAAUUUCUUAUGCAUAGUUAUUACCCUCAUUUAGUAACAUAUGUAUAGAGAUGUUAAAUGCUUUUGCAGCAUAAAUAUGCCUUCCCCGCUAUGAAUUAAUACACCAAUUCAAGUGGUAUUUAAAUGAAAAGCUGUUUUGAACAGUCAUGUGCAUUUGAAAAUGACUAUGAUAAAAAUAAUUUUGCACAAAUUGCUCAGAGGAUCACGCCUGUGAUUAAGGGGAGGCUUUCCCUGGCACAGUGGGUCCUAGUGACCGAGCCAGUGGCCUGGGACAGGCUGUCACACUGAGGUACAGGUGGGCCUAGUGGGCUGCUGCUGGUGCAGGUUGGUCCAUGAAUGCUGGCUUUGCACAGCUGAACAGGUCUGUCCCAAGAGCUGCUACAUCUCCAGAAAUAUCUGGUACUGAUGAGAGGCCUGUGUUUGAUGUCCAGAAGUAUUGCUCAGUCAUUUAGUUCCAGUGAUGCAGCAGAAAUGGGGUAAAUACUGUUGAUUCAUUAAAAUAUCCAAUAAUCACUUACCCCAGCUUUAGGAGCGUUUGCAAAGAAAUUACAGAUAGUGCUAAAUUUCAGAUAACAGCUCUUCUUCCCGAGCAGAAAAUAAAUCGGAAAACAUAAUUUUUCUUGCAGAUAUAAACCCACACUCUUAGCCGUAAGGUUUAGUUUUAGGUGUUCCUUUGAGGAGCAGGGAGCUGGACUCCAUGACCCUCAUGGGUCCCAUCCAACUAUAGAUAUUCUAUGAUUCUAUGCCUUUAAGGCCUGGGAAGGGUGAGUGGGUUACAGAAUAAAAGGUUGCCAAGAUACUCUAACUGCUUGCUCCAGCCAGGGUCUGGCUGCCCACCAGGAGGGUGGAAGGAAGGGCAGGACUCAGUCAAUCUCCACGGUAGCUCAGAACCAUGUCAGCUUCUUCAAAUGCAAUGACUCAGCAGCUACAGGAUGAAUUUGACAGCAGUGUGGAGAAUGCAGAAGCCUGGAUGAAGGCCAUCCAAGAGAGACUGAGGAUCAAUGACAACACCAAGGGACCUCGAUCUGCCCUAGAAGCCAGACUGAGAGAGACUGAGAAAAUACGUGCACUGGAACCAGAAGGCAGCUCCAAAAUGGAUUUGAUUCUUGUGAAGGCAGAUGCUGCUCUUCGCAUCAUCAGUGAGGAUAAGAAGCAUGAGGUACUAUCUAAGCUGAAAGACAUUAAAGCCUUGUGGGAAGAGACAGCCAUAUACAUUACGCACUGCCACAGCCGUAUUGAAUGGGUCUGGCUGCACUGGAGUGAGUACCUGAAAGCCCAAGAUGAGUUUUACGCGUGGAUUCACAACAUGAGGGUGACCUUGGAGCCUGACAUUGAGUUGCAGCUUGGCUUGAAGGAGAAGCAGUGGCAGCUGAACCAUGCUCAGGUUCUGCUGAAUGAUGUCUUAAAUCAGUCAGUCCUGCUGGAAAGGCUGCUAGAGGAAGCUGCAUCCUUGUUCAGCAGGAUAGGUGACCCCAGCGUUGAUGAUAAUGUUCAGAAGAGAAUGAGGGUGGAAUAUCAAGAAAUCGAGCAAGAAGCUCAGAGAAGAGUGAAACUGCUUGCAAAGAUAACCAAGGAGCAUGAGGAGUACAGCAUUCAUGUCAAACAGUUGCGAACGUGGCUGAAUGGUGCGACAGAAAAAUUAAACAGCUGCAUUGGAGAAGCAACCAAGUCUUCAGCAGAGCACAAGUUAAAGGCACUGAAGGAAAUUACCAAAGACUUUAAGAUGUAUGGAAAGAAACUGAAGCACCUUGAAAGUCAGUGUGCAAACGUGAUUCAGAAUACCUCCCCACUCGGAGCUGAGAUAAUGAAGGAUGAACUCGAAGAGCUAAGAAAGACCUUGGAGAAGUUGAGGCUGCUGAGUAGUGAGGAGGAGGAGAGAUUGCUCAAGAUCCAACAGACAGAAAGUGCCUAUGAGUCCCAAGCCAGACAAUUAGAAGCAGAAGUCCAGGAGCUGAAAAAAGAUCUACACAGACUAGAAAGUGGCCUGGACCCUGGGGAAGGGGAAAAGAAUGAAGACGAGUUUGUAACUCUGUGGAAAAAAUGCAAUGCAACGAGAGCAGCUCUGGCUGCCGAAGACUCCAAGGUUGAGAGGCUGAAGGCUCAGCUUAAGGAACUACUACGGUUCUCCAAAGAUGUGCAGCCACACAUUGAUAGUGUUGUCUCUGCAGUACAGCAGUAUCGAAGUGUUAUAGGCAAGACAUCUAAAAUGAGCACUGAUACAGAAACCCAGCUGAGAAGACUCUUCCAAAAUCCCCUGCAAGAUUUUGAACAGUGGAAGCCAUCAGUCCAGAUGCUUCUGGAGACUCCAGAGCCAGCGCUGGCUCAUAUUGAGGCUGCUCUAGCUGAAAGCUCCCAGUUCAAAGAGAAGUUUGUGACAUUACAGCUGAAGAAAGAUUUGCUAAACAAUAUCCUUGGUGAAAAAAAAGCAGUGUCUUUCCUGCAAGAAGUAGCUGAAGCUUCAAAGGAGAGAGAAAUUCUACACAAAAGUCUGCUGCAAAGCAAGAGCAAACUCCAGAAUUUGAUAUCACAACUUAAGGACUUUGAUGCUGGUUUCCCACCUUUGCAGAAGAAAUUAUCUGCCAUCAAAGCCAAAUUAGAUCUAGAGAAGGAAGCACGGCCUGACCUCUUGGGUAAAAAGACACAACUCCAGAGACUCCAGAUAAUACAAGAUGACUUGGCAGAGCUUGCAAUUCAAAUGGAGGAGGUAGACAAGCUUGUUGAGUCAAAUACUGCACACAGGCAUGAAAUGAACCAACUUUCAUCUGACUCUCAGGCCAUGAAGAGAUCACUGGAGAUGAUGGUGCAGCAGAUUGAAGAGCACCUUCAGAAGCAUUUGGCGUAUAAUGACAGACUUUCUGACCUCCAGCAGUGGAUCACAGUAGCCAUGGAGAAGAUUGAGUCCUAUCAGGAAGCCGAUGAAGGGGAGAACACUGAGGACAGGAUUGCAGACCUCGAGAGAUGCCUAGCUGAGUUUCCAGAUAAGGAGAUCCAACUGUACAUUGUGGAAGCUCAUGGCCAGCUGGUCAUGGAGAAUUCUUCUCCAGAGGAGGCUGCCCAUGUCCAGGCAGAGCUGGAUCAGCUGAAUGAGUCGUGGAGGUCACUGAAGGAGAUGGCAAAUGGUCUUCUCAAAAAGUGGCAGUUAAAUAGACCAGUGGCUGAUAAGAAGAAAAUAGCCUUUAUGGACAGGAGCUGGAUGUCUGGACCUGCAUUCCGUCUUUUAGAUGAUGAUCCCAACCAUAAACAGGAGACAAUAGAAGGGCAAAAUACAAGCAGCCACUUGAAGCUCCUACGUGACUUUGAAGAGUGGUUACAAGGAGAAAACACCAAACUGACCAAAAUUCUUGCUGGGCCUUCAUCUUCCACAGAGGAAAUUCAAGCACGCCAGACUAAACUGGAGGAGCUGCAAUCUCACAUACCUGAUCGUGAGCGUCUCUUUGAGGGCCUUCGUUAUUUUUAUCCUGACGCUGGAGAUAUGGCGGACCUCUGUCACCAAUGGACGCUCUACAAAUCUAAACUGAAAGCGUCCGUGAGUUCACCGAGUCCUGGAUCUUUGGAAGAACCAGACAGAUUCAGAAAGGGGCGCUCUGGAGGUGUGUGCUCAUUUCUGCGUCGAGUGUGCCGGGCAGCGCUGCCAUUUCAGCUGCUCCUCUUGCUCCUCCUGCUCCUGGCCGUCCUGCUGCCCCUCGCCGAGGAGACUCACAGCUGCACGCUGGCCAACAACUUUGCUCGAUCCUUCAAGCUGAUGCUGAGAUACAAGGGCCCACCCCCAACCUAACUUCGUGGCGGGGCAUGAGGUGACUCUCAGAAAUACAGACUCUUUAACAACUGCAAGUGUGGAUUGUAGGGCUUCUAACAAGGUCGUCAUAUGAACCGGAUAGGUCGCAUAAAUGCAGCAUAAGAUUAUUUCAUUUAAAUCAGGUAUUUGAGCAAAAUUAAUAUUUUUACAAUAUUUUGUUAUUAUAUUUAUAACAUGUAUAUAGAGAUUGUGUAUGUGUAUGUAUGUACAUAUAUAUAUAUAAAAACGCAUAUCUGUGGUCAAACUAACAUCCACCAUCCACUCAUCCACUGUUGAGAGAAAAGUCUUGCAAUUUUACUGUUUCUACCAUCUUUCAGCAAGACAUACUGAAUGAUGGUUUGGUUUUGAGUUUCUGGGUGGUUCUAAAAAUCACCUCUUGUUUUCAUUUGAAGUCAGAGCAAGUAUGAGAAGAUGCGGGCAAGCACCGGAGUGCAAACUGGACAGCAGGUAGAGUAGAAUCAGGUUUUAAUAUAAUGGUUGACAUUCAGCCCAUGGAAAAUUAGGACUAUUGUAUUUGAAAUCUUGAGCUGUUUUUUAAGUAUCUAAAUGCAGAGAUUGCAGAAGGUAAUGGAAAUGUUUCCACUGACUUCAGGAGGAGUGGGGGUGGGCCUCCUCUUAUUCUUAUUUUUUACCAGAUUUCUUUUCCAAUUACUGUGUUCUCCAGCCCACCUGAAUCAGGAGAGGUAAAAUACAGUAGGAAAAAAGCUGAGAAAAGAGGAUAUAUUUUUUAACAUUUCUUUAGCAGGAGAACUUUUACAAUCAGGUCACAGUUUUCUGAACAAAUUUGUCAGCAGGGAACACCAUCUUCUAUCAGUGAUCUUGUCCAUGAAAAGCAGUGGGGUUUUGGUUUGUUUGUUUUGGUGGGGUUUUGUAUUUGUUUGGGUUUUUUUUUUUUUACUUUUUCAAGAAGCAUUUGUUAAUGGAUCAUAGCCUGAACAGUGGGAUGCAGCCUGGCUCCGUGUCAGCAAGUCCUUUAAUAAUACCACCCUGGACAUAAGAGUUCUUCCUAGGAUAUGUGUAUAUUAAUGGUUUGUUAAACUGGUAUAAACUGAGUGUGUCGAAGACAGUCAAGCAUAGAUUUCUGUAUAGUCUAAAUUCUAAUAUGAUGAUGAUGACUUGUCAUUUAUUUACCUAACCUUAUGCCUGAUUUAUCGAAUUUUUGAAUGUACAUUUUAACAUUGCCUUUUAAUGUAGAAGCAGUUCACGCUGUCAUGAAAUCAUUCUUGGUGGUGUUUUACCUAUUUAACUUCUGAGAGAAAAGGUAAUUUCUAAAAUUUUGUGCCAUUUCUGAGAGCUAUCCCUUAUUUUCUCAUGUCUUUAGCCACAGUAGUAAUCAUGGAAAAACAAAACAAAACAAUACAAGACAAACAAACAGAGGAAACAGUUUUCCCAUCUUGGCUGUGUUGCAGGAGGAACUUGUCUUCUGGGUACCAGUAUGGUGGAUUCAGAGGAAGUCGUAUUUCUUUAACAAAACCAUGAAAGUUUUGCUAAAGAAGCAAACUUGGGUAGAACAGGGAGGCGUAGCAGCAAGGAGCUCAUUAGAGGCACAGAAUGAGGGAGAACAGGCAGAUGUGAGAGCAAACUAGCUAAAGAUAGAGAGGUGUCCAACAAUUUAUAAAGCCUAAAAAAAGAAGUCAUGAUGAACAGAGCAGAUAAGAAUACAGGCUCAAAGGAGGAAAAAUCUCUGAAUCUUUUUCAUUCCCUCUCCCUGCUACAGAAUUGGUGCUAUUACAUAUUAAAGAGUCUUCUUCAGUAAGGUUUAAAACGGGGCAAGUAACAAGGACCCUACCAAUGUUCUGAGAAGAGUCGUCCACCACCAUGACUGUUACUGGGUUCCUACUGAUGCUUCUGACUGCAUUUGGUUUCCUGGAGUUGAAUUAAAUUGCCAAAUUUCUGCUAAAAGUUAAAAGGUGGAAAUUAGAGAAAAGGGAGCAGGGAUGAUGAAGGUGUUCAGGUAGAGAACAAGGGGAGUGUGAGGGGGAACUGGACUGAUGUGGAUCAAAACCUGACCAACAGGAGGUCACAGCAGAGCCCUAGAGAGUAGGCUGGGGGGGGCAGAGGCUGAAAGCAGAAAGGUGAGGAGGGAGGAUAAAUGCUGGGCAGUAAGUGAGACAUUCACAUCCAAAUGGGAAGCGAAGGAAGGUAAGGCCUGUGAUUUCAUUCAUGAUGGAGCCAGAUGGAGAGGAGCUAUCAUUCAUCAGAGAACGGGGCACAUUCAUUCUUUCUUUGCAACGGUUCUUUGGUGUGGCAGAGCGUGUACCUCCUCCUCAUCUCCCCAAUGAGCUGCGCAAAAGCCACGCAUGUUCCCGCAGUGCUCCUCAAAAAAUCCCUGCCAGCCCUGAGGGAGGAACCUCGUGGAAUCGUCACACAUGUCUCCAUGUCAAAUUAAAUGCUGCAGUAAAAAAGAAGUGUGAGGGAAGAGAGGCGGAACAAGUUGUGCUGUAUGUGGUGUAUGUGUACUUGUGCAUACACUUUUCUGUGGCAGAGCUACACGGCACAUCUGAAUUUUGCUGAGCAUUUCCAGGUGAUGAAAGUAAAAUAGCAGUGAGAAAGUAAAAAUAAUGAGGAAUAAUAUAGCUGCAAGAGAAAAUCAGUAGGGAGAUAGACAAGUCUUUCUUACGAAAGCACAAAAUCUAACAUCAGGUUUCUUUCUGCCAAGCCUUUCUUACCUGGAUGAUUUUUAUGGGUUCACAAAUGCAUUUGACACUACAGGAGUAUGCAACUGGGCGAAAAAAUUUCUGCACAGAGGACCAUAACAGAACAACUGCAUCGUCACCUCGGUUUUUCAGUGUUGUGGCAGCUUUCAAAAUACCCACUAAAUUAGAAACACACUUUACUGCUGGGUUUGCAUUCAAUUUAUUCUGUAAGUCCCGUCUGUAACCUUUGAAUUUUUUACUUUAAAUCUCAGCAAAUCCAUUCUCAUUAAUUUAAGUAAUCUAAAUUUCUCACAGAAGUGAUGAAUGUCUCUACUUCUUGGCAAUGGAAAUUAUCCAAAGCACAGGACUGCAGUGUUCAUCCCACUCAAAACAAUUUCACUCUUCCAUAAUGUAAUAACUUCACCUGUCCAAUGUGGGUGUGAGAUUUUUCUAAGAAAGAAAGAAUUAAAAAGUCACAAAAGUAAGAUUGAAAUAUAAAUCCAAAUUUACUCUUUUUUAUUCUCUUGUUUUGCUUCUGAAAAGUUUGUUAUACUGAUUCCUGGAAGUGUGUGUAAAUAUUAAUCAAGUCAGUAACUGUAAUAAUGAAAACAAACUGCCCAACUUCCAGGAAACUGACCAAAGCUCAGAUUCCUGCAAACACAAACUAAAUCAUGCCAUUUCCAAAUCAGUCCUUAAAAUCUUGAGCACUGUUCUUCAUGCCUGAAUCUCUGCUCACAUAUGAUUUGGGCAUUUCACCCUCACUUUUGUGCCUAUAAAAUCUCCAGCUCAUACAUCUCAGACAUCCAUAUGAAACUGAGAUGUGUUAUGGCUCAGCUUCAGGCUGGGGCUGCUGCCUGAAGACAUCCCUUGUCAAAAACCUGUGGUGCACAGAACAGAUAAGUGUCCACAACUGAAGGCUUGCACUACUUUAAUCCAGAUCCAGCCACUCUCGGGAGAUGCUAAAACCCUCUAAAAUAGACUGAAUGCCUUUGAGCUUGUAAAUUGUUUGUGCCUCUGGCUCAGGCCACGCAGCCUGUGCUGCCUGCAGUCCCCGGCCUGUUCCCGGAGCAGAGCUCCGCUGCUUCUCUCCACGCUCUUUUGCCCAAUAUCUGACUGACCACACUAAUGACCCUUCAGUGUUGAAGGCAAAAUCCUGCACACCAGUGCCCAUGCAUUAAAGUAAGAAUUUUGCACAGCCCCAAAGGCGUACUUCCAACCCAGCCUUUGGAGUGAAAGCAGGCCUAAUUUAUAAAUUGUAAUUGAUUCUGUAGCCAGAUGCUUUCAACAGAAUUUUCCAUGACUGCAAUACAGCGAGAUAAAAAUCACUGUUGUGCCACGUGUCUAUUAAUAGCCCUUUCUCUGAUUCCAGCUAGCAAUUUAGAUUGUAUUAAAUAUUAUUUAUAUGUGCUUUCUCCAGAAAUCUCUGUGUGAAAAACAUGUUCAGUUCUAUGCACAUACAUUAAAAAUGUCGUACUCCCAUGUUAGCCCAGAAUCCCCAGAGCAAUCAUGAUUUGUACUGAGCACUAGCUUAUUUGCCCACUAAACUCAAACAUUUUGGACUGAAAAGAAAGCUACUAGCACAACUAAUAAAAACACCUGAUGAUCGAUGAAUACUUUGGAGAGCUCUUAUAAUGGCGUUCCACUUCUCCUCAAUCUUUUUUGUGUGGAUAGUAAAAGUCCUUGGAGAGAAAAAAUGUCUCCAAAAAAUGGCCAUCACUAGAUAAGCAGAUGAUAAUCUCUGCACAUCAGAAGAAACAGUGUGCUCUCUUUAGCUGCUAUGGGACCUCAGGAGUUUGCUCCAUCUGAUCUCUUCUUCAGUAUUAAAUAGGAAAUGUUUUACUUUGAUGUGUGUGCGUACACAUCUCAUUAGCACUAAAGAGAUUUGAAGAGUGAGCUCAUACACAGGAAUUCUUUUAAAUUUUGUUGACAAGAGUACAUUGUCUUCUUUCCUCAAGAAAAAACAGAACGCCUGUACGGCAGAGAUUGCCAGAGCAAACAAAACCUUUUGGAAUAACUGAAGAUUGCAGACUGAAAUUAAACUAGAUAAAUAAUUUUGCCUUUCAGGAAAUGCUGGUAUGAAUACUCCAACAAACAUAUCUAUGCCAGGCAUCAUAGUUGUCUUUCAGGUCAUAGGUUAUGUACCCAGUUGGCUUUGAGAACUUCCUUUGGAGACUUGGACUGUCUGUUGGGCAGUAAUGAGUUGCUGGUCUGCAGCUGAAAACAUGUUUGCCCACAGAACUGUAUCAGCUUCUUCCAGAGUCGCUGGGGGCUCUCGAGGAUGUUCUUAGUAGUUCUCAGAUCAUUGACCUGCUCCGAGCCAUUGCAAGUUUAUUGCAUUAAUCUAUCCAUCAGUGGUUGGCAACUCUCAGAAACUAGUUUAUUAAAAUGCUAAAGAAAACGUUGGUAAAGACAUCAUGAUUCAUUCACAAACCAGUCUUAUUAUUUUUGCCAUAUUUAAACAUAAUAUCUAUUGGUUAUACUGGGUUAUAAACAGAUUAGUCGUAGGUGUUGUGUAACUGCGCAGCAUGUUUUAGGCACAAGGCUUUUUGACUUGCACAUGGAUGUUUAAGAAUUGUUGGCUUAUUUCACACUUUCUCAAUGAUAAAACAAAGAUUCUUGAAUGUAGUAUUUUUAGGGAAAAAAAUGGCUGGAAUAAUCUGUCAGACGGUUGAUAUUUUUAAUUAUUUCUUGUCUAUCCAAUUUAAAAUGUGAAUAUCUGUCUACCAGAGAAUUAACAGUAGAUCUGAAAGACAAGGACUAUAUAUCUGAAAUAUACUAAUUCAAGCAGUAACCUAGAUGGCACCUGUUACCUAAAUGACUUCAGCAAUGCCAGAUUCAGCUCGUUGUACCUGUGAGCUAACAAUUCUCCUCGUAGUAAACUGUGGGUGAGAUGAAACUGCACAGGUUGAAAUACAACAUCCCCAUGGAAGCAGCAGGAGACAUUAGGUCCUCAAAAGGCAGCCUGGUAUCUCGAGGCAAGGGAUGAACAUGUAGGUUUGGCAUAAGGGGAGAAACUGAGGAUUAAUUACACAGGAACAAGGGUUUGCUGUCCUGCUCUGCCAGACUAAAUUUUGACAGUGGCCGUCAGCAGCACGCAGUUUCACAGCCCUGAUGGCAGAAGGAGGCUUCCUUCCUGUUGAUUCACUCUAGCUGAGAUUUCAGUCUUGGGGGUUCUUUUUUCUUUUCAUUAACUACAGAACAAACUGCUAAGUCAAGCCCCUCUGUGACAGAUUAAUGGUAGGUGGUAGGCGCUGAUGCUCCAGGAAAAGAUACAGGGAAUGCUAUUGUAGAUAGAAAGAUAGGCAUGAAAGUCUCUCUUCAGUCCUUUGGAAUUAGAUGUUCAUUCUAGAAUUGAAUUAGGAGGUUUUCUGUUCCUUUGCAAGUAAAUGCCAGGUGUUGCCUUUAGUCUUCUGGAUUUUGGGGGAGAGCCUAUUCAGUGCCUUAUUGAAUGCCAGGGGUUUUCUGUCUUGAGAGCCAUUCACGGCAGUAAGUUCCACAUCAUUCCCAUAAGUUGUGUAAAAAAUGUAUUCUCCUGAAUUGGUUUUUAAUUUGGUUUGAGGGGUGAGAGUUGUUUGAUUUUCCUCUUUGGUCCCUGUGUGUUGAAUCCAAGAAAGCAGAAAGACUUGCACUACCCUUUACAGAACAUUCUUUGUUUUUCCUUCUUUUAUCAGAGCAGGGGAGACUCAGCUUUGUCUCCUUCCUAAAGUAGAGGAUCCCAAUCAUUACUUCUUUUCAUGUUAUAGCUCUUCCGUGACUUCCCCAUAACAGCUUCCAGUUCUUAUUCCAUAGGUAGCACAAAAAAUCGAGUCCUGCUACAAUAAAUUGAAAUUCAAUACAUUUUUCCUCCUUGCAGUUCCUCCUGCAGAUGCUCUUGUCUGUUUAUUCUGCCUCCAGUGUCAAAACCGUCUUUGUCACUAUCUGAGGGGACUCUGGUCCUUGCCAGCCAUCUUCAGGUCUUCUGGCCACGUCCUGCCCUCAUCUGCCUUCCAUGUUAGCUCGGGGACUGUCCUUAAACUCACAUCUGCAGACGGGAGUGCAAGGGUGUUGCUUAACAAUUAUUAAUAAUGAAAGGCUUGCCAUUAGCUUUGCUCAUAGCCUGCCCAGGCUCUUUUCUUCUCUCUAAGCAGGUUUUGAUGGGUAAUCCAACUGCCACAUACAGAAAAUUGCCCCUGAAUUGGUGAGUUGGUGUUUCGGUUUCUGCUCUGUUAUCCUGGCAUUGUCCUUGCCUGUGCUCCCAUGGGAGCUCCAGAGGGUUUGAAUGUUGCUGUUAUACACCCUAAUAAGCCAAGACCCUUCAUUUUGAGCUGAGAGGGGGGGAAAGGUCACUUUUAACAAACUGAUUUCACAACUCAUUUAUCAAGCCCUCUAGCAAACCAUUUAUUUUAGCUCCUUUUUGCUCCAUCAAAAGCUGUAUGUCAGAAUGGAGAGGUGAAUUUGGGGAGGCUGGAAACUGGAGGCAGGCUGGGGUGCCACCCACUUUCACUAGCGCUUUGCUGAGGGGCCUCCAGCUAGAGUUCAGGGGUAGGAGCUGUUAUUUUUCCUGAAAUGACCCUCACCUUCAAAAUCAAAUUAUUUCUUUUGUCAAGUCCAAUAAGCAUUGAACACCACAGACUUGGUUUCACUACAGAUGUGAAUGAAUGCCUCUGUACAGUACUUUCCAUUGCCAUGAAAUAUAUAUAUGUACAUAUAUAUAUGUAAUGGGGAGUGUAAUUAUUGUUCUACUUAAAGAAAGGUGACAUUCCACUUCAAUGUAACUUUCAAGUGCAGCUUUUAAAAGAAAUUAUGUCUUAAAGGGAAGCUGGAAGAGUUUAGAGGUAUGUGUUUUAAUAAGCUUCAAUGAGCUUUAAAAAGCUUUGAGCUAGGGCUUCAGUCUCUAAGGCAAAAAGCACCCAAGAUGAUUUUCUCAUCACCAUCAGACCCUGUAAGAGUUUAACCUGGGAGUCACAGCUUGAGUCCUGGCUGUUCCUGGAGGUUUUGGAUACUGCAUGUACUGAUUUUGUGUCUGUCCUCAAAUGCCAGCCUCCCUUUUGUACACAUACAUGACUGGAAGACAGAAGACACACCUUUGUCUUGCUCCAAGACCCUGAUGGUCAUUUUUGUCUCAGCAGAUGUAUUCAUUUUGAUCAGUGUCACUCUUUCCAUUUUGUUUUUUCUUUUAAUUUCUGCUAAUUGAGUUCAUCAGGUGAUUCCAGGAGGGCACGCUCCACCUGCCCAGUGUCAGAGCUGCUCCUCCAGCAGCUUACCUUCUCAUUUGUUUACGUGGAUGUACUGGACCACUGUGAAGCAACAGGACAAGCAAUAACGCAGUGCAUUUUUCUGUCAUUGCCUUUUGUAAUACUCCAUUGACAUUGAAAACUAGUAGGAGAUCCAAAAGCUGCAUUGUUGUUUACUAGCAAUAUAGCCAAUGUACAGUGCUUCUGCAGGGGACCUGUCCUCACUUCUCAAAGCAGCUGGCUGUCUUGGGCCCAAUUUAAUUAACAAGGCUGGACUAUAAACAAUCUUGGAUCCCUUCACCAGCACUCCAUCAAUCAUGCUUCCAUCAGUUCUUGUGCUUUUGUUUAGUUUCAAGCUAGAAGAAAGUUUGAAGAAAUGUGCUAAGACUCCAAUAUAGGGUGAGUAAAUAUCCCAUAUAUGUCCCAAAGAUUACAACAAAAUGAAGGGAUUUACUCUCACAUUGAGCAGAAUUAAUAAUAAGUUCUAAUUGAGUUAUUAAAAAGUUACUAAGAACAGCCUGGAGUGAAGCUUCUGCAAUCAAACCAUUCUCUGCAUUUAAUUUAAAAAUCAGCAAAUGUUGAGGUUCGUUUUGCCACUUUCUGUUACAAGUGACCUGGAACUGAAAUGUGAAUUCUCUCAAAUGGGAGAUUUAUUGAUGCAGAUCUAAACUUCACCAGUAUGUCCCAUGUAAGAUCAUCCACCUCUCGGCAGAGAGGAAACCUAAGGCUGUUCACAAGAGAAACUCAUAUUGUGAGUGGUUUUAAAAUUCUUCAGAUCUCAUAUUCACUUCCAAAUGUCAGUAAUGGGGAGGGGCAGAAACCCUCCCGUGAGCCCCGUGCAUUUUGCAUGUUGAAAUCCUGGCUUGAAUUCAGGUCUCCACCUCAGCUUCUUGUAAAUGUUAAUAUUCAAGUAGAACAAAAAUGUUAGAGGCAAUUACAGCAUGAACAUCUCUUCUUGUUUAUGUAUAGUAGCUGAUAGCAGAGUCUGUAAUAAUAAUCUGUGUUUAUACAUGUGCUGGUCAAUGUAACAGCUGGGUACAAAAUACCUUUUAGCUGUCACAAGAAACUAACUGGAUUGAUGUCACUUUUUGCUUGUUUGAAUAGAAUUAUUUGCCUUGCAGGGACCAGUUCCACUUUUGUCAUGUUAUUUAUGAUUUUUAAAUGCAUUUGUGAUAAAUUAGGCUCGUUUCUAAGGUAAACAAUACUGGAGCCAAGCAGCUGUCUCUGUACAUGUGCAUGUUAUCACAGCUGAUAUCAAGUCCAAGUCAGACUCCUUGUCUUGCUUGGACCUUUCCUUAACCUUUUUGGCUUAGUCAGGGAAAUGUGGACCAGUCUAUUUUCUUAUUUAAAAUGUGGCUUUUUGAAAAGCUGAACUUAUUUUUUAAAGCCUUUCUUUUUACAAUUAUGGAUUCACAAAGACUGUAACAAUCAUAUUUUUCUAAACUGCCAAUUGCUUAUGUUGGGAAAUAUAUAUAUAGAUCUAUAUUUUAUUCUACAGAUUUCCGUGUAGUUUUGAAACUCUUUGUUUUCAUAUAUAUCCUUCUAUUUGCUAGAAUUAUAUUAAAAAGCUGUAAGCUUCUGUAUACUGACUCUAUGAAAUUCUAUAAAAAUGCAGCUGCAUAAAAAGACUGACUUAGUUUUUUAUUUAAAUUGUUAGAGCUAAGUCAUCCUUAGUGUUAUGCCAUGCAAGAUGUACGAAAAGAAAUCAGGUCAUUGUUUCAAAAGGCUGGACAGCGUUAUGUGACACUUCCUAAAAAGUCUUGACUGAAAGUCAGGAGAAUUUACCCUAGAAAUGGUGCCACUUCAGGGCCUCUUUCUAUAGUUUAUUCGCACUGUUUAGGACCUUAUUUCACAAGUACUCCCAUGAAAUUUCAUGGGAAAUAUUCAAAAUAAGAGCCUAUGAUGUGUGAAUAGCAGUGAUAGAAUAAGGCCCUUUUCUAAUGGAGAACGGGGCCUUUUAACUAGUCAAGAGGCCAAAUUGUGAGCAUUUCAGGAAAACAUUUUGUGUUCCCUUCUGCACUGUGGACUUCUCCUGUGUAUUAUGGAUUUAUUCCAUAGCUGAAAUGCCAGAUUAAAUCAAUUGAAGCCCUGUGUGUGGAUCAACAUAAUGCAAAGUUGUGGUGAAAUAUUGCAGAAAAUGGCCUGAUUUAAUUCUUCAGAACAAUAGUUAAGGUCACUCACAGCCUUGGCUUCUGUGCCCCUGUGAAGCAGAGGCCCUUGUUUUGUACCUUGGUUGUGGUGUAACACGAAGGGAUUUCUGCUCUUUGCCUGGAAAAUACUGUCUAUUCCUCAACUUUGUCAGAAGCAUAAUAUUUUCUCAAGUGAAAAAAAAAAUAAAAAUCUGAUUCUGCAAGACUCAUGUGGGUGUUAAGGGCAGCUGGGACCUUCUGCGAUGAGGCCACAUUAUUCUGAAAGCUUAUCCCUCGAUGACAAAUAAAAUAUGAUGCGGCUUUGCUGUUUGCAAGUAGGUUACAGAGACUGGAAAUUCAUCACCCCAAGCCCUAGCCUUGUGACUGUUUUGUGAUGCUCCACUGUUAACCAAUGAACUAUGUUGAAUCAGAUUAUAAAGUCAGAGUAUUUUAUUGCAUGUGGGUUUUUUUUGUAAUGAAAAUAUAGUUGUAUUUGAUGUUGCAGUUAUAAUGCAGUAAAUAAAUACAUAUGUAUUUCUUUUUAA